AUGACGGUCAUUGAUCGGUUAAGUGCUAAGAGGAUUGAAUUAGAAGUAAGGUUGAGUAAUUCAUACCAAAACGGAAGCCAACGAGGAGAGACUUUAAAAUACAAAAUCAAAAAAAUUGAAGAAUUGAUUGACGCUUACCAGUCAACUCCCCCACCAAUUAAUUUUUCCGAAGCAGAGGAAAUACUUAAUCAACAAGUAGGGUUUUCUGAAUUAAAAGAAAAAAUUUUAAACAGUUUGAAAAUUAGAGGCUACUGUGAACAGAGAAAUAUCAAAAAAGCUCCGCUAAUUUUGUUUCUAAUUGGACCUUCUGGAGUAGGAAAAACGACUUUGGCUACCCUUUUAGCCCGAGUCUUAAAAAAAAAAUUUUUCGCCGUGGCACUGGGGGGAGCAACUAACAGUUCAUUGUUGCUUGGAGCCAACGAAAACUCGUCUGGAACCGAAAUAGGACAAUUAACUAAGGCUCUGGUUGAAACCGAAACUCACGAUCCAUUAAUUUUGUUGGAUGAAAUUGAUAAAGUUAACUUCUAUGGAGGUAAUUCGGCUAUUCAUAAUUGCCUAAACGCAGCUUUGGACCCAGAGCAAAAUAAGGAAAUUCUGGACUAUUAUCUGGAUGUUAAAUUAGAUUUUUCCCAAGUAACUUUUGUAGUUACGGCUAAUGACCCGGACAAAAUUCCUAAAUGUUUGCUUUCACGAACGUCAUUGAUUAUUGAAUUGCCUGGUUAUAACUUGGAGCAAAAGAGAGAAAUUGCUCCCGAAGAAAUGGACCAAGGAAAAUUAGAAAGUAAAAUAAAGAUUGAACCGGAAAUGGUUCAUGAAAUUAUUCCCUGCGGUUUUUUUAACAUUGAUUUAGAGGAUAACCAGGAAAAUGACAAAAAACAAUUAGAAAUUUUACGCCGUGAAUUAGAAAAAUUUAAAGAGAAAAAAAAUAAUCAGGUUGAGUUGAAAGGAAUCAGACUUAACUCUUUAUUGGUGUUACGACAAAUGAGAGGGCAAUUUACUGACCAAGAAUACCAGGAAUACGAAGGAAAAAUAAAUGUUGCUUCUUCGCGAGAAGAAGUUGAAGUAAUUGUGAAAGAAUUUUUGUUAAAAAUUCGGCAAAAAGCCGCUUCUCCGAAGCCGGUUCAAGAAAACGGGAAUAAAAAGGCUAAGGACAAUUCAGCAGAAAUAACAAAACAAAACCAAAUUCUGACCGAAAAAAUUAAAUUUUUAAACGCUGAAAUAGAAAAGUUAAAAAGAGAAAUUGAGGGCUUGCAAAAACCAGAAGAGAGAAAUAAAAUUUUGUUAAUAUUGGUUAUUAUUGUUCUAAUGGCUAGUGAGGAGGAAAUAGAGCAUGCCUACCAAGAAAUUAGGAAAGAAAACACCAACCAUCCAGAAAUCCAAUUAGUUAAUCCCAGCGUGGUUCGCACUAUCCAAGAAGGAGGCGAAAUUAGCAAGGAUUUGAAAAAGGCGAAAAUAGUUUUCUUUCCGGUAAACAAUCCAAAACAGCAGGGAGUAGUAGACACUGAAAAUCAGUGGACCUUGCUGGUUUAUUUAGGAGAAAAUUUGGGAUUUUUCAAUUAUAAUCCUUCAAAAUUUACUUUUACUCCGAAAAAUGCCUUAGAAGUAGCGGAAAACUUUCACAAAAAAGUAAAAUUGCCGGCUUGA